UGCAGUUUACACAUUAGCCCAGCUGCCAAAAUUACAGCAAGCUCAGUUUUGCCGGACUGGAACUGGGGGGGUGUGAAACGGGAGGAUGGCAAGGACGCAGAAAAUGAAGAGAACCCACCGUUGCAUUCUCUUGGGAAAUGAUCUGUGGUGAAUAAACAGAAACCGCAGAAGAGACUGAGAGGGAGAGCGAAAACGGGGGAAAAAAAGAGGAGGAGGGGAGAGCCUAGCAUCCUCUGAGCACAGCAGACUUGCAGUGUCGCAAGUGAAGAAAAAAAGAGCCAUGGGCUGUUUCCUGCUUCGUAAAGGCCCAUUUCUCCACCCUUGACGUGGCUUACUGCUCCUGCCUGCUGACAGCAAGUUCUUCUUCCAUACAUCCCCAGACGCUCUCAGAAUGCACCUACUUUCCUCCCAGCAAAAGAAUGGUGACGGGAGCGCAGAGACUUGAGGAUAUCUUGUGUUAAAGAGCCAGAUGAGGACGUAGGACCAAAAAGAAAGAACAAAUCCUUCAUUGGGUUUUUUUUUAUUUUUUAUAUAUAUAUAUUGAAAUCAUUUGACAUUUACUACUCCAAAACCAUCCAGUGUUUUAAGUUGGAACGGAACCCUGAGGGGCCAAAGGAAUAAGUGCUAUCCAAUCACACAAAGAUCCUUUGAUUUUAUUUCGCACCGAGUGGAUCCUAAGCGAUACCAUUCAACGGGAGAUAAUUGAACUUCCUGCCUGGCAGGCAGCUGAAAAUGAAGAACUAGAGGUUCAAGUGGUUUUCUGGGGGACACUUUCAAGCACCCCACCACUCAGAAUCAGAUUUCAGCCCAGUUCUGGUGGCGAUCUUCUAGCAAUCUUUACCGUUUGGUGUGUUUUUCCCCCACUUCUUAUUCUGUCCAGUUCUGAGAAGGGAAAUAUGACAAUUGAACUGAUUUUGGGAAUGUCAUGUGUUAGACCUCAAUUAGAUCUCAACUUUUAGACUGACACUCAACAGUUUACUGUGUAGGUCUAGAAAGAAAAACAUAAAGAGAGAUCUGAUAGUAUGCAUUGGAUUGACAAGGCUGUUCUUCUGCUAUCUGGGGCAAAAAAUAAAAUAAAAAAGUAUUGCAUGUCUUAGUUUUACUCUUCAGAAUCAGGUAAACUGAAAGAUAAGAAAGGGAGGGAGGGGACCAGAUGCCACAGAUCGUCUCUAACUCCUACCUUUUGUUAAGUUAAGCUUCUUUUUCCAUUUUUAUCUUUUCAUCUUGAAAAUUAGAUUUUUUUGUUCUUUUUUUUUCUUCCAGAUGACCCUUAAGCCUGUAAGGGAGAUCGUUACACAUUGCAGUGACUGAGAUAGGGUGGGGAAAAGGAGAGAGAAGCUUUAUUUCCCCUCGAGCUUCUCAUUUUUGCAGUUUUAGACAAAAUGCAGUUGUAUCUCGAGUCAAAAUCAGGAACCUGAUAGCGUUUGGGAAAAGAUUCCUCAAGGAGAGAACAAGAGACGGAAAUCUUCUGAAGCCUAACCCUCCCCUCUCCUCCACCACCCCCCUUUCCCAUCCAGUUUCAGAGGUGUCCUCGGAUAUUCCUUCCUCUUUUUCCCCGGAAUCUGUCAGCAUUCCCGACGGGACACAGCCAGCUUGUAUCCAUGCCAAUCCUUUGAUAUUAGCUCCCGGUGUCGUCUGCUUCAUUCUGUGGCGGUGCAGGCAGCCAGACGACCGUUCUCCAUGAGGAGCAGUGGAAGAUGCCGGCUCUGCCAGCGCUGCUGCUGUCGAUUCACCUCCUCUUCCUCCUCCUGCUGUUGCUUCUGCUGACCAUGGCCCCGUCCUCUCACAGCCAGGCGCCCGCUCUCGCAGCUGUCAGGAUGGCUGCUAUUUUAGACGAUCAGUCAGCGUGUGGACGUGGAGAGCGGUUGGCAUUGGCUCUGGCCCGAGAGAACAUCAACAGUUUGAUGGAGGGUCCGGCACGAGCUCGCGUGGAGGUCGACAUCUUUGAGCUGCAGAGAGACUCUCAAUACGAGACCACAGACACAAUGUGUCAGAUCCUGCCAAAGGGAGUGGUCUCCGUCAUCGGUCCUGCCUCUAGUCCCGCUUCCGGAUCCACCGUCAGUCAUAUAUGUGGGGAAAAAGAGAUCCCGCACAUCAAGAUCGGUCCUGAGGAGACUCCACGCUUGCCGUAUCUGCGCUUUGCCUCAGUGACGCUGUAUCCUAGCAACGAGGACUUAAGCUUGGCCAUUGUUGCCAUCCUGCGCUCCUUCAGUUAUCCCACGGCCAGCUUGAUUUGUGCCAAAGCAGAGUGCCUGCUGCGAUUGGAGGAGCUUGUGCGUCACUUCCUUAUAUCCCGGGACACACUCUCAGUCAGAAUGCUUGAUGAAAAUUUGGACCCCACCCCACUGCUGAAAGAAAUCCGCGAUGACAAAGUUGCGACUAUUAUCAUCGAUGCCAAUGCAUCAGUGUCAAUACUAAUAUUAAAGAAGGCCUCAGAAUUAGGCAUGAUGUCAGCCUUCUACAAGUACAUCCUCACCACAAUGGAUUUCCCUCUGUUGAGGUUGGAUGAUGUGGUCGGUGAUCAGUCAAAUAUCGUCGGCUUCUCCAUGUUGAACAGCAGUCAUCCUUUCUACCUAGAGUUCAUCAGGAGUCUAAACCUGUCGUGGAGGGAAGGAUGUGAGCUCAGCCCCUACCCUGGUCCAGCGUUGUCAUCUGCGCUGAUGUUCGAUGCAGUGCAUGUGGUGGUCGGAGCAGUGCGAGAACUGAACCGCAGUCAGGAGAUCGGAGUGAAGCCUCUGAGUUGCACGUCUUCACUCAUCUGGCAGCACGGCACAAGUCUCAUGAACUACCUGCGCAUGAUAGAGUAUGAUGGCUUAACAGGCCGCGUGGAGUUUAACAGCAAAGGCCAGAGGACCAAUUACACACUGCGUAUUCUUGAGAAAUUCAAGGGGGGUCACAAAGAGAUCGGUGUCUGGUACUCCAAUAACACGUUGGCUAUGAACUCCACGUCUUUAGACAUCAACGCGUCUGAGACUUUAGCUAACAAGACGCUAAUCGUCACCACAAUACUGGAAGAUCCAUACGUGAAGCGCAAGGCGAACUACCAGGACUUUCAGGGUAACGAUCAGUACGAGGGAUUCUGUGUGGAUAUGCUGCGGGAGAUGGCAGCCAUGCUGAAGUUUUCCUUCCGGAUCAAGCUGGUGGAUGAUGGGCUGUAUGGAGCUCCAGAACCGAAUGGGUCAUGGACCGGCAUGGUGGGGGAACUCAUCAACAGGAAAGCAGAUCUGGCAGUGGCUGGAUUUACCAUCACAUCGGAGCGGGAGAAGGUCAUCGACUUCUCCAAACCUUUCAUGAACCUUGGCAUCAGUAUCCUGUACCGCGUCCACAUAGGCAGGAAGCCAGGUUAUUUCUCCUUCUUGGAUCCCUUUUCGCCAGCUGUCUGGCUAUUCAUGCUUUUAGCCUAUCUGGCUGUUAGCUGUGUGCUCUUCCUGGCUGCCAGGCUGAGUCCGUAUGAGUGGUACAACCCCUUCCCGUGUUUGCGGGACCGCAGGGACCUUCUGGAGAAUCAGUACACACUGGGGAACAGCCUGUGGUUUCCGAUCGGUGGUUUCAUGCAGCAGGGCUCAGAGAUCAUGCCCCGGGCUCUGUCCACACGCUGUGUCAGCGGCGUUUGGUGGGCAUUCACACUGAUCAUCAUUUCCUCCUACACGGCGAACCUUGCAGCUUUUUUGACGGUCCAGAGGAUGGAGGUGCCAAUCGAAUCUGCUGACGACUUGGCCGAUCAGACAAACAUCCAGUAUGGGACUAUUCACGGAGGAAGUACUAUGACCUUCUUCAUGAACUCGCGCUACCAGACGUACCAGCGCAUGUGGAAUUACAUGUACUCCAAGCAGCCCAGCGUGUUCGUCAAGAGCACGGAGGAGGGCAUAGCACGGGUUUUAAACUCCAGGUACGCCUUUCUUCUGGAAAGCACCAUGAAUGAGUACCACCGACGCCUCAACUGCAACCUCACACAGAUUGGAGGCCUGUUGGACACCAAGGGCUACGGCAUCGGCAUGCCUCUGGGUUCACCAUUCAGAGAUGAGAUUACAUUAGGCAUACUGCAGCUGCAAGAGAACAACAGAUUAGAAAUCCUAAAGCGUCGAUGGUGGGAGGGUGGAAAGUGUCCUAAAGAAGAAGACCACCGAGCCAAAGGUCUAGGUAUGGAGAAUAUCGGCGGGAUAUUUGUUGUGCUGAUAUGUGGACUCAUAAUAGCUGUUUUUGUAGCCAUUAUGGAGUUUGUGUGGUCCACGCGCCGCUCAGCCGAGACAGAUGAGGUACGCCCUCACUCCUGCCCCGUCCGAAACCACAGACACUCACGAGUGUCGGUAUGUCAGGAAAUGAUGACUGAAUUCAGAGACGUUAUCUCCUGUAAAAAGAACUCACGGUUGCGGCGCCGGCGACCCCUCUCGUCCCAGGGCAUCCUCCGGCACCCGGCCCGUCUCACUUUAGGAGCUCCUCGUCAAAUGCGCCUCGUGCGGGAGAUGCGUCUCAGCAACGGCAAACUCUACAGUGGGACAGGACCGUUAACUGGCGCCGCAGCAGGGCCGGGACUUGGUGGGGGCGCUGCAGAAAUGGGCCCUGGCCCCCAGCGAUUGCUGGAGGACCCUCUCGGCGCCAGUGUCCCCGGUAGCACACCCGCUCUGGUCUCCACGGCGGUGCCCCGCGGCUGCACACACGUGAGGGUGUGCCAGGAGUGCCGACGGAUCCAGAGCCUCCGCUCUACGUCGUCUUGCUCACGCAUCUCACCACUGGCCUCCGCCACGUCCUCUCUCCCUCGUUUGCCACCGCCGCCCACCUCCGCCUCUAAUACAAACACUGACAGCGAGGGAGGAGGCUCAGACAGCCCACGCAGGGCCAAACCCACACCCCCUCCAAGGCCGCUGCCGCCCACUAAAACUCCCUCCACUGAUCUCCUCUGCCAGCAGGACUGAGAACAAGAGUAAGGAAACUUUUUGUCGGGACGAAAAUGUAAUGUAAAUGAGUGCUGGAGGACAGACGGAAACACUCUGCCCACGCCUUCAGUCAAAGUGACCUGUGGGAUACUGCAAAUAAAGGCCAUUUUUGGAUGCAAAAUUACACUGAGUGAGAGCGAGAUGAUUCAGCCAACCGCUUGUUGUACAAGUGUCUGGUUUUAACACCACAUCUUGCGGAAGUGCUCAGAAGGCCAGUGAGAUUUGGCAUGCUGUUGAGACUAUGUAAUGCAUAUCCUGUGAGAGUACGCUAUGCAACAUGUCAUGAAGGGAAAGGUGGAGGAAAACUAUGAGGGCAGCUAUUCGUUUUGCAUAGAAGUGUGGAUCUUCUUCAUGCUUUUUAAUGGGGGACUACGCUUCUGUGAGAGUCCGGAGGAGUCUGCACCUAAAAUGUGCACAUUGAACUGAAACGCAAAUUCAUUUUAUUUUAUUUCUUCGUUCUUUUUGGGGUUACUAUUCAUUUUUAUGCCUGAAUGUCUCUUGCUUGUUUUCCUUUCUAGCUUUUCUUUGAUUUAAUUCUUUCAGUUUAAAAAAAGACUAUACCUGUUUUUCCCUAUUGUUAAUUUCUCGGAGGAGAAAGUAUAUAGAUUUUUUGGGGAGGUUUUGUGGUCAGGAAUUGGUUUUCCUCUUCUUCAACCUCUAAGAUUACUCACUUGGUUUCCGUCUCUCAUUUUAAACACCAACUGUUAAAGGUUAAAAUAAACAUGAAAGGCAUUAAAAACCCAGAUUACUUCCAUAACGUGACACCUUUCCAGUCAAAACAGGAUAUUCAAGCAGGGGAAUGUAGGACGGGAUGAAAAACUCCAAAAGUGUGUGUUCCAGACCUGAAUGUCAUUGGAUUAUGGAGUGUACAGUAAGAUUCACCCUUUAGACCGUCUCAGCAAAUCCCAUUGGUAACACUGCUUUCCAAAUCAACACUUGUUUGCUAUUUUUGCCAUAACCUCCAUUCUAUUAUUGUUAACCAUCAUUGAAUUACUGAGCUCAUUAUUGGCAAGAUUUUAAAUAGGCUGCAUUACUGUACUUAAUACAGUACUCUAUAUUAAUGCCAAAUUGGCAGUUGGUUAUUAUUAACCUCGAAGAUGUCAACUAAACAAGAAAGUUACAAUUUUUAGCAUUUUCCCUAACAUGCACUGGGGAAUUGUUCACAGUAAGACCAGGAAUGUGUGUAAAGAAACUAAAUAGGAUCUGUUUCGAUUUCAUGUUGACUUUAACCAGCUUUCCCUCAGUAUUUUGCAAUUCUCAAGAACAUGGAGAAACAGUGACAACAACAAUAAGAUGAGACAGAAAAGCCUUUUUGCAUCUGAAGGGACAUUUAUCGGUUUAUGUGAGAAGACGGUUAAUGAUGCUUUUCAUGACCGAACAAAAUGAGCCUGUAUCAUGAAUGGUUUGUUGAAGUGCACUGGAAGUUGCUGUCUGGGUGCUUGUGAGACGCAGUUAUCCAUUUACUGUAUGUCCAAAGUGUAAACAUAGCAGCCCUGUGUAGAAUCUGCAGCACUAUAUCAUUCAUAUUUUGGUGCUUUAUGAUUGUGUGUGAGAAUGAGUGUGUGUGUGUGUGUGUCAAAGAGAGACACAAAUGUGAAAAUCUUUUUUUUCCUUUUAAUUAAAGGUGAUUUUUUUAUUUCUCAUUAAUUUUCAAAGAUUUCUAUACCAGUGCUUGAAGAAUCACACCCACAGUAAAAAAAAAAAUAAGGCAAAUGAUACAGAUUAUAUUGUUAUUCAUAUUCCAAUAAAACUGUGGGGUUAUGUAGGAGGACUGUUGCCCUCUUUCGUUAACUAUAUAGACACAUGUUUGGAAUAAAUCAGUGAUUCAAA